UUCCCCAAAUUUGAAUUUCAGCAACUCUCAUCACCCGCUCUGUGUAUCUCUCUCUUUCACACACACAUCCCUCACACAGAAAGCGUUGAUUGUCGCACAGAUUUGAAGUAGCCCAAGCAUGAAUCACUACCACAUUUACGAAGCCAUCGGCCGCGGCAAGUAUUCGACUGUCUACAAGGGAAGGAAGAAGAAGACUAUUGAGUAUUUCGCCAUCAAGAGCGUUGAUAAAUCUCAUCGGAGCAAGGUUCUUCAGGAAGUGAGGAUCCUUCACACUCUAGAUCAUUCUAAUGUGCUAAAGUUCUACUCAUGGUACGAGACAUCAGCUCAUUUGUGGUUAGUUCUGGAGUAUUGUGUUGGAGGAGAUUUGAUGACUUUAUUGCAACAGGAUGGAAAGCUUCCUGAAGAGUCUAUACAUGACUUGGCUUAUGGCCUUGUAGGAGCGCUGCAGUACUUGCAUUCAAAGGGAAUCAUUUACUGCGACUUAAAACCAUCAAAUAUUCUUUUGGAUGAAAAUGGAAAGACGAAGCUGUGCGACUUUGGAUUAGCAAGAAAACUGAGCGACAUAUCCAUGACCUCCCAGCUACCCCAAGCAAAACGUGGAACUCCUUGCUACAUGUCACCUGAGUUGUUCCAAGAUGGAGGGGUUCAUUCAUAUGCUUCUGAUUUCUGGGCUCUUGGUUGUGUGCUAUAUGAGUGUUAUACUGGCAGACCUCCAUUUAUUGACAAGGAAUUCACUCAAUUGGCAAAAUCGAUUCUUUUGGAGGCACAUCCUCCUCUUCCCGGAUCUCCAACACGUCCAUUUGUAAAUUUGAUAAAUUCUCUCUUGAUCAAAGAUCCAGCUGAAAGAAUACAGUGGCCUGAACUUUGCAAUCAUGCUUUUUGGAGGACAAAAUUUGUUUCAUUGACAUUACCUCCUCAGCCUGCUUUUGAUAACAUGAUUGAGCUGUCUUCUGAACCACAUCUUACAGAGCGCAAUGGAGAUAGACCUCUUCGAAACAAGACUCCUACAAGAACUUAUGGAAAAGAUUCAAGAAUUCCUAGCAAGCAUGACCAGAAUCUCAGUGCUGCUGGGAAAGGAGAAGAGACACCGACUAAAGGUAUGCAUAGUGGCCGUAAAGUUCAAGCCAAACCUUCUGGCAAAGCACCUGAUGGAAAGCAGAAAGAUGGUUCAAAUAAUAUGGGUGGUGUAAAUCUCAUGCGUCUUUCAAGAAUUGCAAGAUCUAACCUGCAUAGGGAAAAUGAGAAAGAGAAUUACCGAAGGCCAUUACCUAAUAGCUCCAAGAAUGAUGCAGAAAUUAAAAUUGAAAACAAUGACAUGGAACUUGAUUUUAAUGAGAGCACAGAAGAUGAUGGACAUGACGAAGUAGAUGUAUCUGAGAAUGAAUCACCCACCGGUGAAGAUAAUUUAUCAACUCCUCGAAAGCAUGAGGGAAAAGUUGAAGAGACGGACAGCAUGAUAGUCCAGUCUGAAGGGUCAAAUGUUGUUGAGACUCCAUUGCUUGAUAGCUCAAGAGCAGAAGAGCAGGAAUCAUCUUCAGACAUGGAUGUGAGCCCAGUAGUAUCCACACCAACCAAUGCUAGUCCCCACCUGAAGACACCAAGGAUCAAAGAUGUGUCCGGGUGUGUCCUUGAUUUUGAUGCAGCCAAAUCCACUUCAGACCUCUCUGAGGUGCUGUGGCAUCCAUCUGAUCUCUCUGUUAGGCCAGUAAUGCCUAGCAGAAAAAUUGAUAAAGGAUUGGAUGUAAUGCCUUCCCUUCCCUUCCAUGCUAUUCCCCCAGCUGAUUUUACAAAAAUGCCCAAGGAUAAAUUGGAUGUUAUGUAUAGCAGGAUUAUAAGUGUUAUGAAUGGGAAUGUCAAUGGUGAGAAGCAAAAUGUGCUUAGGUACCUCGAGAUGUUGAGCACCAAUGCUGAUACUGCCAAUAUUUUGACCAAUGGGCCAAUAAUGUUACUUCUUCUUAAAAUGCUGAGGCAAUCUAAGGCUUUGACCUUGCGGGUGCAGCUGUCUUCACUUAUAGGCUUAUUGAUUCGCCAUUCUACCUUCAUUGGAGAUGAUUUAGCAAAUUCUGGAAUUUUAGGUGCUCUAACAGAUGGUUUGAGAGACAGACAGGAAAAAGUGAGGAGAUUUUCCAUGGCGGCUCUGGGUGAGUUGCUAUUUUACAUAUCUACUCUAAGUGAUCCUACAAAGGACAAUCUUCCUCAGGAAUCACCAGCAAAAGACAGCAGACCACCUUCUAGCUGGCAGGUCCCAAAUUCAUUAAUCUCUUUGAUAUCAUCUGUCUUACGGAAAGGAGAGGAUGAUCUUACCCAGCUUUAUGCUUUAAGAACAAUAGAGAACAUCUCGAGUCAUGGAGGUUAUUGGGCUACUCGUUUCAACAGCCAAGAUGUAAUUAGCAACCUCUGUUAUAUAUACAAGGCUCCAGGAAAACAAGAAAGUAUGAAACUUACUGCUGGGUCAUGUUUGAUACGUCUGGCUCGCUUCAGCCCACCCAGCAUUCAACAUGUUAUUGAGAAAGUUCCACUGAAGGAUAUUGGUUCUAGUCUUUUCAAGGGAAAUCAACGUGAGCAGCAAAUCUGCUUAAAUCUUCUAAACAUGGCUAUUAUUGGAAGCCAGUAUCUGACAAAUAUAGGGCGUCUCCUUUUUCCCUUAAUGGAAGACAAAAAUAUUGUUUCAAAUCUUAUGUCUCUUAUUGAGCAGGGAAACGAAGUCCUGAAGGGAAAGGCUCUCCUCUUUGUGGCUCUACUUUGUAAGCAUGGGAAGAGAUGUCUCCCACUCUUUUUCUGCAAUGCAAGAUUCCUAUCAGCUAUGGAUAGACUUGCUAAAGAGAAAGAUAAAUAUAUGCAGCACUGUCUGGAUGCAUUUGUGUAUGCUGUGGUAUCAACGUUACCAGGUUUGCUUGAAACAAUAACAGUGGAUAUUCAGCAACUUAUGGGAGGCAGGCGUCAAGGGCUGAUUCCUGGUCUCAGCAGUCGAAGUUCUCCAAAGAACAGUAUUCACUUCUUUCCUGUGGUUCUCCAUCUUCUUGGGAGCUCUUCAUUCAGGAAUUCAGUGAUCACUCCACAGGUUUUGCUACUUGUUGCGAAUCUGCUUAAACUGACAGAAUCACCAUUCCAGGGCAGGGAUGACUUCCAAAUAACUCUGCUACGAGUUUUGGAAUCAAUAUCGGAGGAGUCAACAGCAAUCAAUGGUAACCCUGUCGUCUUCAUCCGCCAGAUCCUUCCUAGCCUAGCUGCUCUAUACAAGGGAAACAAAGAUGGGGAUGCUCGGUUCUUAUGCUUGAAGAUAUUCUUUGAUGUGAUGGUCCUAUUCCUAAGUGAAACCGUGGAGGAUGAGCAAAGGGCAGAAGAUUUAAAGUCUGUAUCUAAUGUUCACUUCCUCCCGCUAUACCCAUCUCUGAUUGAGGAUGAAGACCCCAUUCCCAUGUAUGCUCAGAAGCUGCUUGUGAUGCUCCUCGAGUCCAACUACAUAAAAAUCUGUGACAUUCUUCACAUGAAAGCUGUCUCUCAAUGUUUCGAAUCACUGCUGGGUGAUUUCUCAACUAUAAAUGUGAGCAAUGUGAUGCUGUGUCUGGCUCUAGCAUCUGCCCCAGAACUAGAAACGAAGAUGAUCUCUCAAUUAAAAGUUGUCAGGAAGAUUGGAAAUCUCUUGGAAUUCGUAUUAGCCAAGGAGAUGGAAGAUUUCAUUGAUCCAACACUAGGUCUGUGCAGGGCAUUCCUCUUACGCUCUGUAAACUCCAGGCCGGGUUUCGUCUACUCAAAACAGCCCUCGCUUUUAUAUGAAGGUUCGAGUGAGAGCAGUGCUGACGGCAUAAAAGAUAUCACAGACUUUGCCAGCAAUGUAGGAGCCCUUCUCGAACUGAGUAAAUCCUCUGAGGCCAAUGCUGCAGAUUUAGCCUCCGAGUGUUUGGUUUUGCUGUUCAAAGCAGCUCCAAGAGAAGCAACCAUGAACUUCCUCAUGAAUCUUUCCAAAGCCUCUGCAUUACUCGAGGGCGGGCUCCAUGGCAGCAUCUCCGAGCUAGUGCUGGAGCGAAUUCUGCACGCUCUUGGUUUCUCUUGUCGACAGUACAUGUUACACUUGAUGAUACUAUCCAUCAGCACGUCAGAGUUGGCAAAAACCGAAGCAAUUGUUUCUAAUCUUAAGGGCUCUAGCACAAAAGGUAUUUCGAAUGCCUCCAUCCAAGUCGAACAGGAGUUGCAGAGGAUCCAUCGCUAGCUCCUAGCUGCAGAGACAGCGAAGUGGUUUUUCACUGCAAGCAGGAUCGACACAACCUAUAUAAGUAUAUGCUGAAGGUGCAUCUUGCAGAGAGAUGGUUAGAGUUCAUUUUAUGCAUUUAAUUGUAUUACACUAUCCUUGUUAUAAUUUGUAUCAUAAUGGUAUGUGUUGAAUUCAACACCAUAUCACCACGCACCCUCUCUUAUUUUCA